CAACUGACAAGUGAGCUAGGGUUUCCAAAUGAGAAGGUUCUUGAGGAAGUGAACAAAGACCUAUGAACAAUGGUGAUAUAGAGAAGGCUGAUUGAUCCAUUUUUAAAUAUGGAGAACCAAAUACAAAUGACCAUUAGUACCCUUAAGGCAGAGCCGGCAGACAUAAAAUGUGAGGAUGUGUUGACGAGCGAUGGUGUUGACACAUCUGUUCAGCACAUGAGGGAAGAAAAACCGUAUCUGUGCAGCACAUGUGGUGCGGUAUUUACUUCGUCAACUGACCUGCAGGAACACACGAACAACCACUGUGAUGUACAUGCAUUUCAGUGUGGUCAGUGUGAUGAGGAGUUUACAUUGUUCAGUGCCCUUCAAGAUCACAUGAGGGGUCACAGUGUUGCCGGGUCUUCGCAUGGUGAAAUGACUUCUUUGUCUGAUGACCAUCAAGCUCACGCAAACAUCCAGCGUGAGAUACAUGCAUUUCAGUGUGGACAGUGUGGUCAAGAAUAUAGUUUGUUCAGUGACCUUCAAGAUCACAUGAGGGGUCACAGUGUUGCCAAGUCUUUGCAGGGCAAAGAGCUUGAUAAAGAAUUUACUUCAAGUGUUCAGGAGAAAUACAAUGGAGGUCAAAGUUGUGCCAAGACUUCUUCAUCUGAUGACCAUCAAGCUCACGAAAACAUCACACGUGAGAUACAUGCAUUUCAGUGUGGACAGUGUGGUCAGGAAUAUAGCUUGUUCAGUGACCUUCAAGAUCACAUGAGGGGUCACAGUGUUGCCAAGUCUUUUAAGGGCAAAGAGCUUGAUAAAGAAUUUACUUCAAGUGUUCAGGAGAAAUACAAUGGAGGUCAAAGUUGUGCCAAGACUUCUUCAUCUGAUGACCAUCAAGCUCACGCAAACAUCCAGCGUGAGAUACAUGCAUUUCAGUGUGGUCAGUGUGGUCAAGAAUAUAGCUUGUUUAGUCACCUUCAAGAUCACAUGAGGGGUCACGGUGUUGCCAAGUCUUUGCAGGGCAAAGAGCGUGAAAAAGAAUUUACUUCAAGUGUUCAGGAGAAAUACAAUGGAGGUCAAAGUUGUGACAAGAGAUUACAAAGUGGAAAGGGUGAUCAAGAAAUUACCUCGAGCAGUGAACUGAAAGAACUCAGUGGUGCCAAGCCAUUACAGUGCGAAGAUAGUAAUGAAGAAUUUACUUUAGCAAGUGUUCUGCAGAAACACAAGAAAAGUCACAGAAGUGCCGUUCCAUUACAGUGUGAAGAGUGUGAUGACAAAUUUACUUCAUCAAAUGACCUUCAGAGACACAAGAAGAGUCACAGUGGUGCCAAGCCAUUACAGUGCGAAGACUGUGAUGAAGAAUUUACUUCAGCAAGAGUUCUGCAGAAACACAAGAAGAGUCACAGUGGGGCCAAGCCAGUGCAGCAUGAUAAAGAAUUAAUUUCAUCAAGAAUUCUGAGGAAACGCAAGAGUCAAAGUGUUUCCAAGCCAUUACAGUGUGAUCAAUGUAAACAGGAGUUCACCUCAUCAAGUGACAUGAAGAAACACAAAAAGAGUCACGUUAAUGCUAAGCUGAUAAAGUGUCAUAAAAAAAAUCCUUCAUCAAGUGAUCUGAAAAAGCACCAGAGUCACAGUGGUGCCAAACCGUUACAGUGCAAAGAGUGUGCUGAAGAAUUUACUUCAGCAAGUGUACUGCAGAGACAUAUGAAGAGUCACAGAAGUGCGGUUGAAUUUCAGUGUGAAGAGUGUGAUGAAGAAUGUACUUCUGCAAGUGAUCUGAAAAAACACCAGAAGAGUCACAGAAGUGUGGUUCCAUUACAAUGCAAAGAGUGUGAUGAAGAAUUUACUUCUGCAAGUGUACUGCAGAGACAUAUGAAGAGUCACAGAAGUGCGGUUCCAUUACAAUGCAAAGAGUGUGAUGAAGAAUUUACUUCAGCAAGUGUACUGCAGAGACAUAUGAAGAGUCACAGAAGUACCGUUGAAUUUCAGUGUGAAGAGUGUGAUGAAGAAUUUACUUUAUCAAGUGAUCUGAAGGAACACCAGAAGAGUCAUAGUAGUGGCAAGCCAUUACAGAGCGAUGAGUGUGAUGAAGAAUGUACUUCAGCAAGUGAUCUGAAGGAACACCAGAAGAGUCAUAGUAGUGGCAAGCCAUUACAGAGCGAUGAGUGUGAUGAAGAAUGUACUUCAGCAAGUGAUCUGAAGGAACACCAGAAGAGUCAUAGUAGUGGCAAGCCAUUACAGAGCGAUGAGUGUGAUGAAGAAUGUACUUCAUCAAGUGAUCUGAAGGAACACCAGAAGAGUCAUAGUAGUGGCAAGCCAUUAAAGUGCAAAAAGUGUGAUGAAGAAUUUACUUUAUCAAGUGAUCUGAAGGAACACCAGAAGAGUCACAGAAGUGCCAAGCCAUUACAGUGCAAAAAGUGUGAUGAAGAAUUUACUUCAUUAAGUGACCUAAAGGAACACAAGAAAAGUCACAGAGGUGCCAAGUGCAAAAAGUGUGAUAAAUCAUUCACUUCUUCAAGUGAUCUAAGGAGACACAUGAGGGGCCACAGUGGACUCAAGCCUUAUAAAUGUGAUCAGUGUGGGAAAUCCUUCAGUCAUUCAAGUAACCUCAAUGCACAUCAGAGGACUCACAAUGGAAUCAAACCCUUCCUGUGCAGCGUGUGUGGGAAAACCUUCACGGAAUCAGGAACUCUUAGCACUCACAUGAGGUGUCACAGUGGUGAGAGGCCUUUUGCUUGUAAGGAGUGCGGAAAAGCAUUUACACGUUCAAAUCACCUCAAGAGACACAUGAGAUGUCACACUGGGGAGAAACCAUAUAAGUGUCGUAUUUGUGGAAAAAAAUUUGCACAAUCAGAAUCUUUACGAGUACACUUGAGGACUCACAGUGGAGAACGUCCUCAUAACUGUGAUCAGUGUAAGAAAGAAUUUGUAACUUCAUGUCAGCUUGAAAGACACAUGAUAAGUUGUCAUAACCAAUUUGUGAAAAACAGUCAUCGUUGUAGCAAUUGUGCGAAAGUAUUUAAGCAAUUAUCUGACCUCGAAAGACACGAGAGGUGUCAUAGUGGCAGCAAACCUUAUGAAUGUGAUGAAUGUGGGAGAACGUUUGCACAGUUGGGAACGUUGGUGAGACAUGAACGGUGCCACAAGGAAGUCCGGCCCUAUCCAUGUACUAAGUGUGACAAAGCAUACUUACAGUCAUGCAGCUUGAGGGACCACAUGAUGGCGGCACAUAGCAAGGCCAAGCCUACCAGGUGUAGUAAGUGUGAGAAAUCUUUCUCACGAAAGGCUGACUUAGAGAGACACAUGAAGCUUCACAGUGAAAACAAGCCUUAUCAGUGUAGUGAAUGUGACAAAGCAUUUAUACAAGCAAGUUGCCUGAAAAGACACAUGAGGCACCACACUGGGGAGAAGCCUUUUAGGUGCGGCAAGUGUGGGAAGUCGUUCACCCAGUCAGGUUCUUUACAGACGCACAGGAAGAAUAGCUGUAAAUUGAAAGUCAGAGUAGCCGGUGUACGAAAGGUUGAAAUUAUGACAAGCGAUUCAUCACAGACAAGCGAUUCAUCACAGACAAGCGAAUCAUCCUGAAAUGAUAUUUGAAUCAUGGAAAGAAUAAAUGUGAAUUCAAAGUCAGAGAAGUUGGUGUAUGAAAGGUUGAAAUUAUGGCAAGCGAUUCAUCACAGACAAGUGAAUCAUCCUGAAAUUAUAUACUGAGAGAAACAAAUAAAGGAACUGGAAAAUUCAAGUGUUCCUUUAAUAUUUUCCAGUUUUCAUCACCAGCUUUGAAUAGCGCUGUGGGUGGAAAUCUGAGAAUAAUUAAAGGAACACUAUGUUGCAGUGGUGU